AUGGUUAUAGGGCUAGAAACCACAGGUCAAGAAACAGGCCAAGAAACCACAGGUCAAUUUGAUUCGCAGUCUGGAACUGAGCUCCGACUGGUAAAUGGAUGGGAUAACUGUCAAGGCCGCGUUGAGGUUCGGCGUAACUAUGGAGAAUGGGGAACAGUUUGUGAUGAUUUAUGGAAUCUAACCGAUGCGACUGUAGUAUGCAGACAGCUCGGAUGUGGACGAGCUAUUGCAGCUAAAGGCGAAGCAUAUUUUGGACAAGGAUAUGGUCCUAUUCUCCUGGAUGAUGUUCAGUGCCGCGGAUAUGAAUCCUAUCUGUGGGAAUGUGAAACUUCAGGCUGGGGAAAUCAUAACUGCAGGCACGGUGAGGACGCUGGUGUUAUUUGUUCAGGGAGUGCUUAUCCAACAUCAGGUCCUCACUGGACACCACCAAUGUCACCAGCAGCACUUGAGCUCCGAUUAGUAAAUGGAAGUCAUAACUGUCAAGGGCGUGUUGAAAUUAGGCAUUAUUACCAAGGUUGGGGGACUGUUUGUGAUGAUUUAUGGGACCUGAAUGAUGCCAAUGUGGUAUGCCAACAGCUUGGAUGUGGAUAUGCCAUCCAAGCAACACAAGGAGCAUGGUUUGGUCAAGGAUAUGGCCCUAUUUACCUGGAUGAUGUUCAGUGCAGUGGGAAUGAACGCUAUCUUUGGGAAUGCAGAAGUGCAGGCUGGGGAAAUCAUAACUGCAACCACCAAGAGGAUGCUGGUGUUAUUUGUUCAGGUACUUACUUACUUGUACCCAGUCCUUAUUUGAAUCUGGCUUCCCCAUUGACUUCACAUUCUUGUGGUGGAUUUCUUGGAUACCCAUCCGGAUCGUUUAAAAGUCCAUAUUAUCCUUCUAAUUAUCCAAACAAUGUGGACUGUCUAUGGGAAAUACAAGUUAAAAACAACUACCAAAUAAGACUUACCUUGCAAAACUUUGUACUAGAAGGAUGUGAUAGAUGCCGUUGUGAUUAUGUUGAAAUCUAUGAUGGGCCUCUCCAUACUGGUUCACCGCUUGGGAGAAUUUGUUAUGGCUCCUAUCACACUUUUACAUCAAGUUCCAAUAUGAUGACGAUUAAAUUCCAUACUGAUAGCAGUGUCACAAGAAGAGGCUUCCUUGCAAACUAUUACAGCAUCUCUGCAGAUCAAAACACAACUCUUGUUUGUCUGCCAACCUACAUGGAAGCUGUAAUUAGUAGAAGUUAUCUGAACUCUCAAGGCUAUAAUCCAUGGAGUGUCAGCUUGAUGGAUCCAAACUGCAGACCAAAGAUAACACCAUAUUAUGUUAUUUUCAACAUACCAUAUAAUGGAUGUUUCUUUCUAAAGCUAUACCCUCAGUGUAGGUUAAUUUUUCAUGGACGUUUUGAAUAUGGGAAUGCCUAUAUUCUGACCGACAUCUAUUGA